AUGAUAAAGAUUAUUAACAUUGCCUUUUAUUUAAUUUUUUUAAAUUCAUAUAUUUGUGAAAACAAUGUAAGUUUGAUAAAUAAAUCUGAAAGCACUCAAUUUGUAGAUUUGCAAAAACCUAAUUUAAGACAUGGAGGUUUAAGUAAUAGUUAUCCAAUAAAAGAGAAAUAUAAUAAUUUAAGAGGAACAGAUGAAAAAUUACAAAACAUCCAAGGGUUUUAUAACACCAAUGACAUUCAAACAAUUCAAGGUCAAGAUGAUCCUAUGCAAGCCACUGAAGAUCCAAAUCAUCUAAAAUCUGCAAGCAAAGAAAACUCAGAAGGCGGAACGUUGCAAGCAGAGUCAGGUGAAAAAGAUGUUAGUGGGACAGGGGAUCAUACAAGUGCUCAAGAAGAAGGAAUAAAAAAAGAAAGUGUACAAAAUAAAUCUGAAGAUGGCAAAUCAGCUGUAGGUAAUCCUCCUUCUCAAAAUUUAGAAAAUACAACAGCAGAAGAUCAACCUAUAACAAGACCUUUAACUGAAGGAUUAGCACCAAGUGUAAAACAUCCAGAAGUUAGUGAACCGCAAAAUCAAGUACAAACAAUUCCCGGUCAACAAGAACAAGAACCAGCUCCUUCUGAUGGUUUAGAAAAAACAAAAACCGGUGGAGUAACAGUUGACAAUGAUGAUGGUAAAGGUUCACAAAAGGAAAGGCAACAUGAGGACCAGCAUGAAGGUGAUGCCGAAGGUCAUGAUGAUGAGGAAGAUGAGGAAGAUGAGGAUGAUGAUGACGACGAAAGUGAAGAACCAGAUGCAGGUACAGAUACGCGUAAUGGUGUAGACGGUAAACCUGAAAAAAAAGGUAAGAAAAGAAAAAGUAAAAAAAAAGACAAACCAUCACUAUCAACAGAACCACAAGCAGCACAAGAUAGUGUAGAGAAAGCUCAAACUAUUAAGAGUGACCCGGUAGUACCAGAUGGAGUUCAAGAACAUAGUUCUCAAGAACAUGCAGAAAGCGCAAGUGGAGAUGAUUCAUUAACACCGAGAACAGUAGCAGGAGUCACAAAAGAAGAUGAAAAUUUGCCACGUGAUGAUGCUUUACAAGAAAAAGAAUUAACACCAGAAGGAAAACUAAAGCCGGAAGCAUCAUUACAGGAAACCAAAGUUAUAGAAGAGGGAUCUGUAGGGGGAAGUACAAGCGGUGAUUCUACAAAAUUACCAACAGAUCAAAGUGAUUUAAAUGCUGCAAAAGAAGUAGAUAAGGUACAAAAAAGUGAACAAGAAAAGCAAACACCCAUAAUGCAAGAGAUUGCUGUUCCUGAAGGUAGCUAUGAUGAGGGCGAUGAAGAUGUGGAAGAAGAAGAAGAAGAUGAAGUAGAUGAAGAAGAAGAAGAAGAUGAGGAUGACGAAGAAGAAAUAAAUGAAGAAGAGGAAUUAGAUGGCGAAUUAGAUUAUGAAGAAAUAGAAGAAGGUGAAGUUGAAGAUGAAGAUGAAGGUGAAGAUGAAAGUAGUCCGAGUGAUGAAAGAGAAACAAGAGAUAGACAAAUGGAAAAUGGAGAUUUACUGGAAGAUGAGGAAAAACCAUCAGAAGAUAUCUUAUCUGAGGAAGAAAUUUCAGAGUCUGCAAUUGAGAAACAAAGAAAACAGGAAGAGUCUUCAAGAAAAACAGAACAAGAUCAGUCACAGGAACAUUCUGAACAACAAAAGCAAAAGGAAAUUAAGCCUCCAUCAAAUGAUAGUAGUGCUCAUAAAUCAUUAAUUAAAGACUUUAAAGAUGAUACUAAGGUUAAAAAAGAAGCAGAAAAUAAAGUAAAAAAUAUGAUAAAUUUAAUUGGUGAUAGUGGAGUUGUUGAUACAUUGAAAGAUUUGGCCAAAGAUAUGGUUCAAAUUUUUCUUAAUUUUUAA